AACGCGAGUUAUGUAUUUUCCCUCGGCGAGGCGGACCCAACUCUGCUCGCCAGCUCUCUCGUCAGGCUCUUCCCUCUCUGAAAAUUGUUCAAUUCUCGUGACUCUCUCGCUUCCUCUAUUCUCUCUCCUCUUUAAACCCUGACCUAGUCGGAGAGAGACGACAAAUGAGAGAAGCCAAACAUGGAAGCCGGCAGAAAAAAAGAGAAGGACGGCAAAUAGGGUUUCCUCGCUACCCGCUUGACCUCCUGCUAAUUGGUUCCGCUCAGAGGCCUUAGAUUUGUUUACUGUUUAAGGCAAUCAAUCAAUUCCACCUUUGUUCUGGUCUCAGAUCUUGAUCGGAGUUUAGUUUCGUCUCGAUCGAAAAAAGUCCCGUACCUGGCAUCAAAUAGCUGAUAGUGUGAGGAUGGAACAAUCGCCCUUAUUUUCUAGCAAUGGCAAUGCAACACCGUCUCAUAGCUCUUCUACCGGCGUUGCAGGGGAUGGAUAUGACAGUGAUGGCUCAUACUUUGUUCCUCCUACCCCCAGCAGAUUGUCAACGUCUCUACCUCCUGACCUUGCAUGUGUUAUUCCUUUUAUUGAUAGGUUCCAGGUUGGGACUUUUUUGCGAGCUAUGCAGAAGCAAAUCAAUUCUGCUGGAAAACGUGGGUUUUUCUCAAAAAAGUCUGUAGUUUCUACAGUAAAUGAAACGUUUACGUUGGAAAAUAUGUUAUCCUUUCAAAAGGAUCCCAUUCCAACUUCCUUGCUUAAGAUUAAUGGAGAUCUUGCAAGCCGUUCAGUUAAGAUCUUCCUGAUGAUUCUGAAGUACAUGGGGGUUGAUUCAUCAGACAAAGCAAUUUUAUUAAGCAUGGACGAGCGAAUUGAUCUUGUUGCUAAGAUUUAUAAACAAACUUUGAAGCGGCCUGAGCUACGUGAUGAAAUUUUUGCUCAGAUUUUGAAGCAAACUCACAAUAACCCGGAUAAGAGCUUUCUGAUAAAGUCAUGGGAGCUCAUGUAUUUAUGUGCCUCUUCCAUGCCUCCGAGUAAGGAUAUUGGGUCACAUUUGUCAGAGUAUGUGCACAAUGUUGCUCAUGGGCCGAAAACGGAACCAGAAGUUCAAAUCCUCGCAUUAAACACUUUAAAUGCUAUGAAAGGCUCAAUGAAAGCUGGACCAAGGCUGACAAUUCCUGCACGUGAAGAGAUUGAAGCUAUGUUGACUGGUAAAAAGCUUACAACUAUAAUAUUUUUCUUGGAUGAAACUUUUGAAGAAAUUUCAUAUGACAUGACCACCACGGUCAAUGAUGCUGUCCAGGAGCUUGCAAGCAUAAUCAAACUUACGACCUAUUCCAGUUUUAGCUUGUUUGAAUGCAGAAAAGUUGUACAAGGCUCAAAAUCUCCUGAUUUUGGUAGCGAGGAAUUCAUUUGGUUAGAUGAUAAUAAAUAUAUCGGAGAUUUAUUGGCUGAAUUUAAGGCAGCCAAAGACCGCAGCAAAGGAGAAAUUUUGCAUUGCAAACUAACAUUUAAGAAAAGACUAUUUCGGGAGUCUGAUGAUGCCGUUGAAGAUCCCAUGUUUGUUCAAUUGUUAUAUGUUCAGUUACAACAUGACUAUGUUUUGGGAAAUUAUCCAGUUGGUAGGGAUGAUGCUACUCAACUAUCCGCUCUUCAAAUUUUAGCUGAGAUUGGAUUUGUUGACAAUCCUGAUUCAUGUGUUGAGUGGACGUCUCUGCUUGAAAGAUUCUUACCAAGACAAGUUGCGGUGACAAGGGCAAAGAGAGACUGGGAGCUUGAUAUACUCUCUCGUUAUAAUUUAAUGAAACAUUUGUUGAGAGAUGAUGCAAGACAGCAGUUCCUUAGGAUCCUUCAUGCUCUUCCCUAUGGAAACUCGGUUUUUUUCAAUGUUCGCAAGAUAGAUGACCCAAUAGGCCUUCUACCUGGUCGAAUUAAUUUGGGCAUAAAUAAGCGUGGGAUUCAUUUUUUUCGUCCAGUUCCAAAAGAAUACUUACACUCAGCAGAGCUAAGGGAUAUUAUGCAAUUUGGUAGCAGCAACACUGCUGUUUUCUUUAAGAUGAGGGUUGCUGGUGUGCUUCAGAUUUUUCAGUUUGAAACUAAGCAGGGGGAGGAAAUUUGUGUUGCUCUUCAAACACAUAUAAAUGAUGUCAUGCUCCGUAGGUACUCCAAAUCACAACCUCCUGCUACAAGAUCCCCUCAUGAUGAUUCUUCUCAAGCAAUUAAUCCGCCAAGUAUAGACAUCCAUGAAAAAUGUAUGCAGGACCUAGCUAAAGCUGUAGAAGAAUCCCAUAAGACUGCAGAUAAAUUAUUGGAAGAAUUGCAUGCAAAAGAGAAACGAGAAAUAGAGAUGCAGGAGGAACUGGAAGGGCUUCGAGAUUCUUUACAGGCAGGGAAGGAAAACUUACAAGAAAUCAUCAAUGAGCGUGAUAAACUUAAAACUUUAUAUGAUGAAAAGGAGGCUGAUUUGCAGACUGCAUUAACUGAUAAACGAAGCAUUGAAGCUAAGCUAGCAAAGCUGAGCUCACCAGGACACCUGAUAGGAAGUCAUGCUAGGAGGCAAAGUAUGCUUGUAUUUGGAAAUGGAGAUGGAGGAGAUACUGGUUAUGUUAGAAAUGGCAGUGAUGAUUUUCAGACAUUAAUCAAAACUCAAGAGGAUUUGAGGAUACGCACCAAGGAGUUACAAGCAUCUAAAGAUACUAUUAAGACGCUGCUGAAAGAGAAAUUUUUGCUUGAGCAGAAGAUUCAAAGAACUGAAAAGAAGAAAAAUGAUGAGAUUAAUAUGACUGUAAAGAAUUUUGAAGUUGAGCGCCAAAACUUAGAUAUGCGUGUUGCAGAAUUGGAACAGAAAUUGGAAAGUACAAUGGAAUCCUUGAAUGUAGCCGAAUCUACUCUUGCAAUCAGAAAUACUGAGCUAGAUACAUUACAUGAAGACUUAAAGGAGUUAGAAGAAUUGCGAGAAAUGAGAGAGGAUAUUGAUAGGAAAAAUGAACAAACGGCUGCAAUAUUGAAAAGGCAAGGAGCACAGCUUGCUGAACUUGAAGCACUCUACAAAGAAGAGCAAGUUUUACGGAAACGAUAUUAUAAUAUUAUUGAAGAUAUGAAAGGCAAGAUAAGAGUUUUUUGUCGUCUACGCCCUUUAAAUGAAAAUGAAAUUGCUGAUAAGGAGAAAAACAUGGUAGUCUCAAUGGAUGAGUUUACUGUUGCACAUCCAUGGAAAGAUGAGAAGUUAAAGCAACAUAUAUAUGAUCGUGUUUUUGGUCCAAGUGCUUCACAAGAUGAUGUUUUUGCAGAUACCAAGUAUCUAGUACAAUCUGCUGUUGAUGGAUAUAAUGUAUGCAUAUUUGCAUAUGGACAAACUGGUUCUGGUAAGACUUUCACAAUAUAUGGUUCAGAAAGGCAUCCGGGACUCACCCCAAGGACAACAGCUGAGCUUUUCAAAAUAAUGGAUCGUGAUGGCAAAAAAUUCUCUUUUUCUCUGAAGGUUUACAUGGUUGAGUUAUAUCAAGAUACACUUGUGGAUCUCUUACUAUCAAAGAAUGCUAAGCGUUUUAAAUUAGAAAUUAAAAAAGACUCAAAGGGAAUGGUUUCUAUAGAAAAUGUCACAAUUCUACAAGUGUCAAGCUUUGAAGAAUUGAUGGCUGUUAUUCAGAUGGGCUCUGAGCGACGACAUGUAGCUGGAACCCAAAUGAAUGAUGAUAGCUCAAGAUCACAUUUGAUAUUGUCUAUCAUAAUUGAAAGCACCAAUCUUCAAACUCAAACUAUAGCAAGGGGAAAGCUUAGUUUUGUAGAUCUUGCGGGUUCCGAAAGGAUAAAGAAGUCCGGUUCUUCAGGAAAUCAGUUGAAAGAAGCUCAAAGCAUUAAUAAAUCUCUCUCUGCUCUUGGAGAUGUGAUAAGUGCCUUAUGUUCUGAGGAUCAACACAUACCUUACAGGAACCAUAAGUUGACAAUGCUGAUGAGUGAUUCUCUCGGUGGCAAUGCAAAGACACUAAUGUUUGUCAAUGCGUCUCCAGCUGAGACAAAUUUGGAUGAAACAUACAACUCUCUUGUGUAUGCAUCUAGAGUUAGGUGUAUUGUGAAUGAUCCAAGUAAGAAUGUCUCCUCCAAAGAGAUUGCUCGUUUGAAGAAAAUGGUUGCCUAUUGGAAGGAGCAAGCUGGUAAACGUGGAGAUGAUGAAGAAAUGGAAGAAAUUUUAGAAGAAAGACCUUCAAGAGAGAGAAAAGAGUUGCAAGGUGAAAAAUAUUCAACAGAGAGAAGAGAGAUGCAAGCAGAAAGGAAUUCACUAGAGAAAAAAGAGUUGCAGGAAGAAAGGCAUCCAAGAAACAGAAAAGAAAUACAAGAAGAAAAACAUUUGAAAGAUAGAAAGGAUCGUCGCAGUUCCAAUCAAACAGCUUGAACAUCUCAUUUUAUCUGAAAAAGUGGGACGUUAUCUCUGAUUUAUUUGUUAUUUUUCAUGGCUUUGACAAAUGGAAUCUGCAUAAUUUUCCAGGUUAUAUUCCAGUCAAUAGCCAUUGACAAUGUUGGUUGAGGAAGUCUAUACUACUUUCUGUACAGUUUGUGUUGAUAAUGCUCAUCAACAAAUGCUCUUGUAUACAUAAACAAUACAGAUUGAACGCUCAUCUACAUAUAUAAAGAGAGAAAAUGUUGCUCUUAUGUUG